UAUAAAGGUGCAUAGGUCUUUCAGAAUUUUCAGAAUUUAAGUCUUACAGCAUCUUUAGCUACGGAAAGAAUACGUGUCACAUGGUACCUAAACGGUUUGCAUUGGUUAAAUUUCCAUAACUAUAUAUAGCUCGUGAUUGGAAAUAACUACACCCUCUCGAUACACACUGUGUUUAAAAUUCUUUAAGUAUAGGUUAAAGUUGACUCAGAGAUGAUUGCCGACAUAUGACUUUGCGUGAAGAUGAAAAGAAAAUUGAGAACAUCAAAAUUAGUGAUGGGAUGAUGUGAUGAGAUGUGGCAUGAUGAAUUAGACGAAACAUAAAAGCCCAAUGAAAGGGACAUAAAAAUGAAUAAAAUACGUUGCAAUCGAUUAUUUGCUUACUAUAGAAACAGACAACUCUUCUUGGUGCUAGCCGUCGCAGCUCUCUGUAUUGUCGCUGUGGAGUUUGUUUUCAGUGGUGGACUGGAUGUGCAGACAUCUGAAACCAGAGUCCUCUUAGUUCACUUAAAAAGUAUCUUCAGGGAAGAGCAAUGGACUGAGCCAACAUUUUGCAAAUUUAUGGAGAUUAACCCCUACAGUUCAAACAUCAUGAAAAUUUCCGGAGUCGAUAAAAAAGCUGUAGAGUGUUCCGGCUACUUCCCAGAUUUGACCUACGUUAACGGAAGCAGACUCUUGGUGGACCAGAUGAAGAUACUCCAUGUCCAAAACUUCACUUCCUGUAAAUAUAGAAAUUUGUUCAGACAUACUGAUAAUAUCGUGAAGUCUGGAAACUGGAGUCAAGCUUUUACAAACUUUGUCGAGCUUCAGGAAGUUGAAGAAUUUAUUCUUGUCGAGUGCCGGAACAGUACGUCUGGGAUUGUUUCUAGGACGUAUCACGCACGUGUGCCCAGACAUAAUGAUGUGGUUGAGCUGAACCGUGUAAGGCUCAGGAAACGCCAAGUCGAGUCCGAUCCGACCGAGACGUUGAGCAUUAUAAUGAUAGGCAUGGACGGAACCUCAAGGCACCAGAUGAUGCGAGGAAUGAACAAGACCUAUAGCUACCUCAUGGGGGAGCUCAACUCCUUUGACUUGUCCAUGCACAAUCAGGUUGGGAGCAACACGUUCCCAAACCUCGUUCCUCUCUUAUCCGGACACACUGCUGAAGAGGUUGAGAGCUGGUGGGAACGGCUGCAACCCUUAGACCCCCUUGACACAUUAUGGAGGGACUUCACAAACGCUGGCUUCCAGACAUUGUUCUCUGAAGACUACCCUACGAUUGGCGCUUUACACUACUUGAAAAAAGGCUUUUUAUAUCAGCCUACUACGUACAACAGUCGUCCCAUCUGCCUAGCAUUGGAGCAUGACCACAACAUAUGGAGUCAGGGAUCAUUCUGUAUAGGCAAUACUCCAGAAACUAUGUUCCAUUUUGACUAUUUAAAUACUUUCUUAGAAACAGUUCAGGGGAAUCCAUAUCUCGCCAUUCUUUUCUUGAAGAAGCUUACGCACGAUGACACGACGAGAAACAACAUGGCAGAUCUUCAUACAUAUAACUUUUAUAAACUGCUACAGGAUAGCGGUAAACUUAACAAUACUUUGCUUAUAUCAUUUUCUGACCACGGUCCCCGUUGGGGGGCUAUUAGAGAAUCGGCUAACGGCAUCGUAGAAGGCCGCGCACCGUACGCCAUAUUUACUUUUCCGAACUGGUUUAUUCAGAAGUACCCGGAUGUUGUGGAAAACUUCCAGAAGAACACAAAACGCUUGACGACCCAUUUUGACACCCACGCAACACUUCGAGAUCUUCUGUAUUUUAAAGCUAGAAAAAAGAGCCCUCUAGCACCAUCAGUGCGCGGCCAGAGCCUAUUCCAAGAGAUUCCUAGAAACAGGACGUGUUCUGACGCUUCCAUACCGAUGGAAUUUUGCCUGUGCGGCCAGGAGACGAUGAUAGAUCUCCAUGUCUCCUCUAACAUCUCAAGAGGUUUAGCUGACAUCGUGGUCAGCGCUGUGAACAGAAAGCCCAACUCCUCUGUUUGCUCCCUUUUAAGAUUAAAAGCGGUCUUACAAAUUAGAACAGCUAACGUCUCUAGUCUCAACACCCGAGAUGUUCGCCUGUUUAAAGUUAAGGUUCAGACAGUUCCAGGCGACGCCAUCUACGAAGGCACUGUGCAGACUAAGUUUUGCACAGAUGCAGAGUUAUUGUAUAACUUGGCACAGUUAUGGAAAGGCAACUUAAGCAAUCCAUUGCACGUUAAGGUGGGAGACUCUAUAGACAGGCUCAAUUUAUACAGCGGCCAAGCAGACUGUGAGCUGAACCCUUUUAACAAACCCUACUGUUACUGUCAGAACUUGUUACCGGCUUAAAAGAACAUGAUAUUUCGGCCUA